AAGAGAGUGUGCUCUCCGCACCUUUUCAUCCUGGCUCUCCGGCUAUGCACCUGCAGCCUCCCCUUGCAGUCCUCCUCUUCCUGUCCUCCUCCCCGGCGGUCGGACAGCGGUAGUGCGCACCGAGCAGCGGGAGUGCGCACGGCGGCCGGCAUGCACCUGGAGAGAAACCGCCCCGCCAAGCCGUCCGAGGGCUCAGCCGGAGACUCAGCAGCCUGCAGACUGAUGCUCUAACAGUAGGCACAUAGCAGCAGAGCACCGGGCGGAUAUCGGAGCUGCAGCAUGGGCGUGGGAGAGAAGCACAGCCAAAACGAAAGCAAUGUAAUUCCACGGACAUAAGAAGGGCGGGUGGGGGGAACCCGAGCAGCGUUGGAUCAGAGUUGUCCCGGGUGUAUUUUGGGGCUUGGUUUGGUGUCUCAUUCUCUGAAAUUCACCAAGCACAGUACUUUUUCUUGCUGCCAGCAUCCAGUUGUAAAGGAUGGAGAAAGGCGCGCAGCAGCAGCUGUCCAAAAGCGCAGAGAGUCCGGCGGAGGACAUCUCCAAAAUUAACGAUGAGGAGCUGCUGAAGUGGGGCAAAGAGGAGCUGGUGCGGCGGCUGCGGAGGGCAGAGGCGGGGAAGAGGAGCGCCAUCGUGGAGCACGGCAAUCUGAUGCGGGAGGUGAACCGGAGGCUCCAGCAGCACCUCAACGAGAUACGGAGUUUAAAGGACGUGAACCAGAAACUGCAGGAGGACAACCAGGAGCUGCGGGACCUGUGCUGCUUCCUGGACGACGACCGGCAGAAGGGGAAGCGGGUGUCGCGGGAGUGGCAGCGUCUAGGCCGCUACAGUGCUGGCCUGAUGAGGAAGGAGGUGGCCAUCUACCUGCAGAAACUGAAAGAGCUGGAGCAGCGGCAGGUGGAGGUCAUCCGGGAGAACCUGGAGCUGAAGGAGGUGUGCCUCAUGCUGGAGGAGGAGAGGGCUGCGGCUGUGGCUGGAGGGGGAGGAGGUGGAGGUGUGGGUGGGCACGGAGGGCCGGGACGAAGGAGCUCCAUUGACAGUCAGAGCAGCUUGUUGCAGCUGGGUGGAGGUGUCCCAGCACCAGGCCUGCUGCGGGACGUUGGCGACGGGAGCAGCACCUCCAGCGCAGGGAGUACAGACAGCCCAGAUAACCCUCACCUCAAACCUCCUCCUCUGGGCUCCAACCACAGCCCUGGAUCAAGAUGUGUCUCCUCAGACCACAAACCAGGAGAGGUGUGUGAAUCCACAGGCAGGAGGCACAGCUCCACCCCAGAGUACCACACCUUCCCCCAGUCCUGUCGACCUCGCGGGGGGUCCCUCACCAACCUGGACCCACGUGGCCUUCGUGGACACAGCCCAGAGAAACAUAGCAAGUCUCCCACCAGGCAACCAUGUGACUCCCACCCAAAACCCUGCAGCUCUGACCUACUAGCCCAGAAACAGCUAUUGAUGUCAGAGCAGGCAUCGCCAGGCUGUGGAAAGGGAACUGCCAAGUCCAGCCCAGAGCUGAGUCAGAGACACCGGCCGGUUAUCAUGGCGGGGGCAGGCUGCGGGAGUCCCGAGGCCAAGCCGGUGACGAUGGGAACGCCGGAGCACCUGAGGAAAGGGCGGGUGAUCGUGGGUAGUCCAGAGUCUAUACGACACCACCAUCACUUUCAGCACAGCUCCGGGAUGGAGCAUGACAAGGGGAGGUAUAGUGGUGGCUCCCCUGGCAGGGACGGGGGUCAGAGGAGGGCAGCGGGAGAGGAGAUGUCCCCCCACCACCAGAGUCUGUACAACGCUCUGAUAUCUGCUGGAUGCUGCACCAACUCCUGUAGGAGUGUAAAGCUUUGGGACAGCUUUGAUGCCUCCUGACCAUGACAUGCCUCCUGAUCAGAUGCUGCAGUGACAACACACACCCCAGAGAGACAAGCAGAGGGUUAUUAGCAGGCUGGAUAGAUGGAAGGCAGGACAAGUCGAUCGAAGGCAUAACUGGAUGGAGAAAUGAUAAUGGAAUUCAAAAAUAAAGCAGUGAGGGCGAGGGAGCAGAUGAGUGAAACUAGGCGACAAAACACUGGAAAUACUUGAACGCUCUGUCCGCCCUGUCUGCUGCUGCUGCUGCUGCUAUGCAUUCCCUGUGGACCACCAGAAGAGACUGAAUGUCUUUGUUUGGACGGGCAGAGGCUCAUCCCUGCAUUGCCAAAAUAGAGGAAAAUAUGUCAGACAGCUGAGAAUCUUUGUGUUGCCAACAAAAUAGUCCUACCUCUUUGGAAAGACAGAGACAGAGUGGUUGAAGGAACCUGUACAUGGAGGAGAAACACUGGAGGUUACAGCCCCUUCUUGUCACAAUCACAACGCCAGUGAUUAUUUUUAAACAUAAUACCUAAUGUGAUGAUGGUAACUACUUUUACAAAGUCUUUGUG